CAGGAGUACGUUCCAAAACCUUCGUUCAGUUCGGUAUAUCAAGAUGGCGGAUUUCAGUGUUUUUUUUUUACCAUUUUUUUUAUCACAAUAAUAAGUUAAUCACUUAUACUUAUUAUUGAUUAGAAUAAAAAAUAACUAACUAAUAUUAUUCUCCUUCUUCUACUAAAAAUACAUCAACUGACUCUAAUAUAGAAAAGUUUACAGGGGUGUUUAAAAUUUUCAUAUGUUAUAUUUGAUUCGCUGCCAUCUUGAUAUACCGAACCGAACGAGGUUUUGGAACGUACCCCUGUAGGGUCUCAUCUCAAUUUUUUAAAACGCAAGCGCUCUUACCGGUAUAAGUAUUAAAAGGUAAAGUUUAUUCUAGUUUAUUCGUAGCAAUUCGUAGUCAAAUAUACAAUACUUUUUUUAUGUAGGUAUAUUCAUGGUAGAAGUACUACUACUAGAAGUAGUAUUUCUACCAUGGGUAUAUUUAUUUAUAAUAAAACGAUGGUGUAUGGAAGAACACUAAAGACUUGAAAGUCCAUAUAUAUAUUCAUUUUUCUUUAACUGCCAAUCAUCGAUGUCAAAAUGACAAAUUCUAUUUAUGUAACUAAUUAAUUAUGUUAUAUCAUCAAUAUUUCUCACAAAGUAAUACAGAGUUGAUUACGUCAUUUAUAUUAAAUGACGACUAAAUUUUUUUCAAAAGUAUUGUAUAAAAGAGAUACGUGUAUAACUCAUGCUGCUUCUGUAUGCCCUGUUCUUUAUCUAUAUCUAUUUAUCAUUAUCUUUUGAUAAAAAGUCUCAGAGAUAUUCACAAACACACUAUAUGAACUAGUUAAUUUCAUCAUGGUGCGAGAUCGUUUGCCUGAUUUAUUUGCUAAUCAACGUAAUAAUUCUAUAGGAAGAAGGUUCUCGGAUGAUAUAUAUAUUCAUCUGACACAAAACAGACGACUUCAAAGCAUUCUUGAUGAUGUAGAUAAAGUUCGCAGAAUGAUUGAUAUACUCCAGGAUGAUGUGAAUAUUGUAAAAAACUUGCAUAAAAACAAUUUGUCUCAUUUAAAUUCAGAUAGUCAAACUGAAUUAAAAAGACGGACAUUCAAAAUAUCUCAAGUAGCUUUUCAAAUACGAAAUGAGUUGGAAAAAAUAGGAAAAAGUAUGCCUGAAGUAAACGAUUUAAGACUGAGAGCUAGCCUAACAGGUCCAAUACAUGAGCGCGUUCGAACAGUACAAUAUUUUACAAUGCUUCGAACUUUUUCUGUCGUCAUGUAUGAUUAUAAUGACUCUGUAUUGAGUUAUCAUGCUCAAUAUUAUUCUAUACUUGAUCAACAAAAACAAAUUAUGAAAAAAAAAAAUAUUGAUUCCCUGCUCACUGAUCAAGCAAACGAUGAUGAUGUAAAGACAAGUCUAUUUGUUGAUAAUUUUUUGGACGAUACGAAAGUAGCAAUAUAUCAGUUAUCUGAACUCCAAUCUAGACACACAGAGAUUAUGAAACUAGAAAAAUCUUUAAUAGACAUUAGAGAUAUGUUUUCGGAAUUAGCUUUUUUAGUAGAAAAACAGAGUGGUCAACUAAAUUGUGUUGAGUACUUUGCUAGACAAGCAUCAGACCAAGUUGAUAAUGGCCGAUACAAUAUUGUAAAAGCUAAACAAAAAAAUAAAAAACGGAAGAAAAAAAUCAGAUGUUUCAGUGUGCUUUUAACCAUUAUUAUUUUCAUUUUUUUGAUAGUAAUAUUAAUUAUCUGAAACAAAUAUAUAUUUUUUGAAAAUAAUAUAAUACCAGUG